UGACUACCUUACUUACUGCACCACAUCAAUGCCCCAACUCACCAACUUGACGACGAUCGCAAUCUACUCGUCCUUUUCGUAACCUUGGACCUGCUCGCGAUCGAGAUGACCCGUCAUGUCUAUAGACAUCAGAUGGGAAACCAUCACUUCAGGAUCUGACGGGGCGGCUUUGGCUGAACAGAUUCGUGCGUUCGUCCAUGAGAAAUUCCAGCAGAUACAUCUACCUCGCUUCAUCAAUGCUGUACACGUUCACUCGUUCGAAUUUGGUACGAACUGUCCAGAAAUCGAGAUCAAAGACAUUUGUGACCCAUUGCCCGAUUUCUAUGAAGACGACGACGAAAGCGAAGGUGGAGAUGUUGCAGCUGAACCUCACGCCCAAUCCGACAAGAACAAUCUUCACGAGUCGAGCAAUCACGAUACACAGCUGCAAGCACAACCCUUCCACCCAAAGCCCGUGUUAGCCAACAUCCUUACCAAUGCAAAUCACCCUGGGCUACACUCUUCCGCGUUCGCUCGAGACUUUCAUGGGCUAAGCGCCGACCACUUAAAUGGCCCAUUUCCGCGAAGCACGACCCCUGGUAUCCCAGGCGGCACCUCCAACCUCAGCUACUUUCAUUUUCCAGGUAGUGGUCUGUCCGGCACUCAAACUCCGCUAGCGGCCGUUGCAAGUGGCACACCUUUCAGCUCCCGGCCAUGGGGGUAUGAUUUACCACAGCACCCUGCGUCAACCCAACAAGGGCUCGCGCAGAAAUCGCCGCAGGAGCAACAUCUACAUGUGCAUGAUGAUCCGUCCACCAGACCUUCCACCGCAAACAGCAUCUCCUCUCUACACGAGUCAGGAUCCGCACUUUCGUCGCCACAACUCCAGCACACCACCUAUACGACGGGACAGAACGCCGCAGACGAAUCUGCCUUGGACGAGGUAGCUCCACUGUCUCCUUCAAGAAUGCAGAGCAGGCAACCGUCCGAUGUGCAGAUUGUUGCAAGGGUCAAAUACUCCGGUGACGUGCGGAUGACUCUGACCGCCGAGAUCCUACUGGAUUAUCCUAUGCCGAGUUUUGUUGGGAUCCCCCUGAAGCUUGCCAUUACAGGCAUGAGCUUCGAUGGUGUGGCCAUAACAGCAUGGGUCCAGAAAAAGAUGCACUUCUGCUUUCUCGAUGCUGAAGACGCCUCCACCUUGGUCGGAGAAGAUACUGUGCCCAGCAAACCCAGCAAAGACGGCACUCGGUCCACCCUACCUGGUCCAUUGCAGGAGAUCCAUGUCGAAAGCGAGAUUGGCAGACAGGAAGACGGGAAGCAGGUCCUGAAGAACGUCGGCAAAGUGGAAAAGUUUGUUCUCGGAGAGGUGAGAAAGAUCUUCGAGGAAGAAUUCGUCUUUCCAAGCUACUGGACAAUCCUGGUCUGAUAACGAAGCGAUUGCCCCUUCCAGUAGAGCCAGCGAGGAUGUUAAUGCAGCUGCAUAUGCUUCACACUGCCAAAGACGCAUUGCAGCCACCGGCCCCGUGA